AUUGGUGAGAGAACAGGCGGAGUGUGAUUGGCUGUGGGAUCACUCCAUUUUGGAAACAGCUGUUCAAUGCCUUAUCCCUCUUGGCUCAUUUUCGUUGUGUUCAAUACACAGUCAGGGGAGCGUUUGGGAUUUACCAGGAAUCUUUCAACAGAUCAAUUAAAAUCCAUUGAGUCUGUGUGUGGAAUGCGGGAAAAGCUUUUGGAAAUGAAGGGGAAUCCCGACAAAGAGUGAACGGCGUAUGGCAUUGUAACAAGUGGAAGAAAGUGAAGCGGAUUAAGGUGGAAUGAGAGGGCAGUUUGUGAGCAGAUGAUGGACGUUGAGACGUCAUAUACAGAGUUCAUAAACUGUGAUCGUACAGGUCGCAGGAACGCAGUGCCAGACAUUCAAGGAGAGGCAGUAGUGAAGGGCACCAGUGAACUAACCAAAGACCUGGCUCAGAUGGACCUGAAAGCUGCAGAGGGAGAUGCUUCCGGAUCUCCAGCCCCUGAAGCAGAGGCAUCUGGGAGCCAGGAUAAACAGGGGACAGAGGGACCGUCAUAAAGAUCAAGAAUGACCUGGAGGAGAGAGGAAAGCUGGGGAGUUCUCUCCUUUUCUCAUUAAAAUUCUCCUCAUCUUUGCUCACCAGGCAGCAGUGAAGAGUCUCUUUCAUAGACUGCCAUUAAGGUGGACGUCCACCCAUUGCAUGCUGUCGAGUGCCUAAAAGACAGAUGGAGAAGACACUGCCUUUGCAAACACCACUAAAUGGGACGAAUCUGUCGAGGACUGUAUUCAUUCACAGCACUGAGUGAGGGAAAAGAUAGUUUUUUGUAACAGAGGUCGAACAGAAGCACAGGCAUUUUGAUAUUUUUCCAACCUAAACUUAAACUAAGCAGUUCAAUCCUGUUGAGUUACUGGUUAAACAAAUACUCAGAGCUACUGUAAACUAUAAAUUACCAAAUAUAGCCUUUUUGUUACAGCUUAUGAGAACGAUGGCUCAGUUAAACAAUUAUUAUUAUUCUUUUUUUUUAAACAAUGACCACUACAGUUGAAGGAUGUCUGAUUAUACAACAGAAUUCCCAGAUAUUACCUGAGGUCAGAAACUUCAUUAUAUACUAUUACACAAAUGUAACAUAAUUAACAAUGUUUGUGUAGUAUCUGAGUUACUGUUUUCUGCCUCUGGCACUGUUUUGUGUGUUUUGUCAGAUUCUCAGAAACACUCGUUGAAACACUGCAUUUAUAUCGUGACCUAUAAAUAGAAGUACCUCGAAAUAAACCGGAAUGACAUGA